GUGAAGUGAGUGAUUUUGUUUUUGGUUUUCCUAAUCUUUGCUUUACCAUAUAGUUGAGAAAGAGGUGAUCGGUGCAAGUUGACAAGAUGGAGAAGACUUGUAGUACAAGGGAGGAAGACAUUCUCAAAGUGGGCCUCUUAGACAUCGUGUUUUCAUGGACUCUCGACCAUGUUCUGAACGAAAAUCUUCUGAAAAACAAGGUGCAGAAGAUACCAGAGACGUUCAACUCCACCAGAGAUUUUGUGAAAUCUGGAGUGUUGAAAGAGACAGAAAGAGCUUCAAACUUCCCAAAGCCUUGUUCUAUGAGAUGCUGUUGAAGGUUAAAACUGAUGAAGUGGAAGAAGAUAUUGGAGAAUAUGUGCCUGAGUCUGGGGAUCUCAUUGCUUUCGCUGAAAUAAGGCCCAAAAACGUAUAUGACUUGAAAAAGCCAGAAAGUAAUUACUACCAUCUCGCUUAUGUUCUUGGGCCAAAAGAUGUAGAAUAUCCUAAUGAGUUAUCUAUACUGUCAUCAAAAUCCAUAAAGAUAGACAUUGAGUAUGGCUUGAGGGGUGAUGAAAAACAGAAAUUCUAUGCAAUUUACCUUUUGAACUUAACAACAAAUAUUCGUAUUUGGAAAGCAUUGAAUUUUCAGUUGGAGGGUCAAACCAUGAGCAUGAUUAGGAAAGUGCUGCAAACUGAUUUAAAUGGAGGCGAAGACUGUGAAAUUUGCCCGUCAGGUGAAGAUUGUCAAGCUCCUUCCAUCAUAAAGGACAUAAUUCGCUCUCAGAUUCUGAAUGAUUCUCAGGAAGAUGCAGUGUUAACAUGUGUUAAUAUGAUGAAUUGCAAGCAUAACAACAUUAAACUUAUAUGGGGCCCUCCAGGGACAGGCAAAACAAAGACAGUUGCUUGCUUAUUAUUUUCUCUUCUCAAGUUAAAAGCAAGAACAUUAACUUGUGCACCUACCAACACUGCUGUGUUGGAAGUGGCAACAAGGUUACAUAGUUUAGUUAAAGGUUCAAUUUCAAAUGUUUAUAAAGCAUAUGGGAUGGGUAACAUAGUUUUAUUUGGAAAUAAAUCAAGAAUGAAAGUGGAUUCUUACCAGGGGCUUGGAGAUGCGUUUCUUGAUUAUCGUGUAAAAAAACUUAUGAAGUGCCUUGCUCCUUCAUCUGGAUGGAAGAAUAGCUUGGAAUCGAUGAUCCGGUUGCUUGAGGACCCUAGAAAACAAUAUCUAUUGUUUGAGAAAGAGAAAGGUCUUAUGUCAUUAGAAGAAUUUGCUGAUCAAGAAGAUAGUAAUGUAGUACCUGCAUAUUAUGCACACAUGAAACAUAAGGGUGAUGAUGACCAGAUGACAUUUGAGGAAUUUGUGCAGAUAAAAUGGAAAGACAUAGCAGAGAAGUACGAGUUGGCGAAAAAUGAUCUAAAGAAAACCAUCUUGACAUUGGAGGAUUUUGUCAAGCAGCAAUUCAGGGAAUUAAGGGACAAGCUCAAGUCCUUCGUACAUACCUUGUAUACCCACUUACCAACAUAUAUCAUUGCACUUGAAACGGUGAAGGUAAUGUUUAGAGUUCUGGUUUUGUUAAGGUCUCUUGAAAUUUCCUUGAGUCAAGCUCAAUUCAAUCAAAAUGAAGAUGAUAGUGAUGAAGAAAGCAUUCUAGUUUCCCUAGGAUGGUCAAGCUUCAAAAGAGAUGAGUGCCUUAGCCUACUAAAUUCACUUUCUGAGUCAAUUUCCCUUCCUGAGUAUUCUUGGAGAGGUGAUGUAGAAAUUUUUUGCUUAUCCAUUGCAUGCAUAAUUCUAUGCACUGCAUCAAGUUCUGUUAAACUAUACACAGAACGGAUGAGAUCAGUGCAAUUUCUAAUAGUUGAUGAAGCAGCCCAAUUAAAGGAAUGUGAAUCAACCAUUCCAUUGCAGCUGCCUGGUCUCCACCAUUGCAUCCUAAUAGGUGAUGAGAAACAGCUUCCAGCAUUGGUUAAAAGCAGGACUGCAGAUAAUGCUGAAUUUGGAAGAAGUUUGUUUCAGAGGCUGGUGCUCUUAGGAUACAAGAAGCAUAUGCUUAAUGUUCAGUAUCGGAUGCAUCCAUCCAUUAGCUUAUUCCCAUGCAAAGAGUUUUAUGACGAAAAACUUACUGAUGCCCCCACUGUCAAGGAAGAAAGCUAUAAUAGGAGUUUCCUUGAAGGAGAAAUGUUUGGUUCUUAUUCUUUUAUCCAUAUAGCAAAGGGGAAAGAACAGUUUGGUCGUGAACACAGUUUGAAGAACCAGGUUGAAGCUGCAGUUAUUUCUGAGAUAAUUGGAAGCCUUAAAAAAGAGUUUAUGAGGACUAGGAAGAAAAUUAGCAUUGGAAUUAUAUCUCCCUAUAAUUCUCAAGUUUAUGAAAUCCAACAGAAAAUUAAGCACCACAUUUCAGUUUCUGAUCCUGACUUCUCUGUCAGUGUUCGUUCGGUUGAUGGAUUUCAAGGAGGGGAACAGGAUGUUAUAAUAAUUUCUACUGUGAGAUCUAAUCCUAGUGGAAAAGUGGGGUUUCUUUCCAAUAGACAAAGAGCAAAUGUUGCUAUGACUAGGGCUAGAUAUAGCCUUUGGAUAUUAGGAAAUGCGGCAACACUGGUUAGCAGUGACACAGUGUGGAAGCAGGUAGUUCUUGAUGCUAAGAAAAGAGAUUGUUUCCAUACAGCUGAUAAGGACACUAAACUGGCUCGGGUUAUUGAAGAUGUUGUUUUUGAGCUUGAACUACUUGAAGAAUCUGAGUCGAUGUUUAAGAAACUGAAUCUAGGGGAGAGGUCUUCCAGGCCUCGGAAAGCACGGAGGUGAUAAUGUGAAUCUCUCUGGUGAACUUAAAGUGAAGAGGUGUUAAGACCACUAUGGACAUGGAAUCCUGAGGAGCAUUUUUAGAUUUUCAAUCUUUGCGCAAUGAACUGAAAGUUGUGAUAGCAUUUUGCAAUGUAGUAAACUUAAUUCCCCAUUCAAGGUUUUUGUUUUAAAAAAAAAUUUAACACUCUGUAUCUCUUUAUUAGAGAGAGA